AUGAGAUUCCGAUUCGCACGUGGAUACAGUUGCAACGAACGGUUGCCAAACUGCAAGUUUGUUGAAGAGAUUGCAGAAUUUGCUCUAAAGCCUCAGAGCACCGCCGAAGAGUGUCCUGACUUCCCGGAAAUUUCAGUUGGUUCAAAGAAAAUUCUUGACCUCUCAACGAAGGCCUCUGCAUAUGGCCCGACCAACGGUGUACUCUCCGAGAUGCACUAA